GAGCCUGCCUUUUUUGUUGUUUGUUUCUCCCUCUUCUCCGCCUCGCCGCCGGAGCCACCCUGCGCCGGCGAUUGGAUUGGGCAGCGGGCCGCGUCUUCCUGACACCGCAUCUCGCGGAGAGGGCUGGCGGAGGACGACGCGUUGCAACAGAUGGUUGGGAUCCAGGGAGACCCCUAAAGAACUAUCCGGAAUUGGAAAGGAGCUAAUUGUGAGCUAGUCACUGGAAGGAAGCUCAAUCCAACUAAGAAGGUUCUCUGCAAGUGAUGAAUAAAACCAGGAAGAUAAUGGAAAAUGGAGGUGCCAGUUUUGUCAAUGCAUUUGUAACCACCCCAAUGUGCUGUCCAUCCCGUUCCUCAAUGUUGACAGGAAAAUAUGUUCACAACCACAACAUCUAUACUAAUAAUGAGAAUUGCUCCUCCCCUUCCUGGCAAGCAACACAUGAACCACGUACUUUUGCAGUGUAUCUCAACAACACUGGAUACAGGACUGGUAAGUAGGGGGCAGCCUUCUGACCACUUGAUAUAAAGUUUGUUUGCUUUCAGUCUACUGAUGCCCUUUAAAAUGCAAGAUUGGGUCUUGCUGUUGCUUGGAUAGGAGAUGCAUAGUUUGGCAAUGCUGAAAAAGGAAACCAGUGAGGAGCCCUGUGUGUAGCAUCUUGAGUUCUGCAAGAUCAAGAUGGUACGUAGACACAGUAAAUAAUAAAGGAUAAUGUGAAAUUCUUAUUUUUAGAGCACCAUUAUACAAAAGUGUGCAAUUAAAGGCCUAAUACUCUUUAAACAGACAAAUUUGGUAGAGGUACAAGUGGGUCUGAGCAAAAAUGGAAGUGGGUCCCGGAAGCAAAAAUGAUGAAAGAGUGGUCAUGCUUUGGGUACGUCAUGAGAAAGCAAGAUUCACUGGAGAACUCAGGAAGUCCAAAUAUGAGAUAGAUCCAUUCUCUAAAGAAGCCAAAACCUUGAGUUUACAAGGGCUGAGCAGGGCUAUCAUGGACAGGUCCUCUUGGAAGGCAUUCAUUCAUAGGGUCAUCAUAUGCGGGAAACAACUUGAUGGCACAUAACAACAAAGAAAGAUUUGUUUAGUGAGUGUUGCAAUGUGAACUUAGCUGAUUUGCACUUUCUGAAGUAAUAUACAGAAUGAAACAAAUUUAUACUUCAGUAUUCAAGGUCUGCUGAAUUUUACAAUGCAAUUCUUCAGUUGAAACAAAUGGAUAUAAACAUGUAACCUUUAGAUGAAAGUGUGUGCAAAAUAAUAUAUUUGUAUAUAUAUUUACGAAAAUGUCAUACAUAAUAGAAUGUCAUGAGAAAUUGGUUACAAAAAUGCUUAUAUUAGGAGAAAUGUACACCAAAAUGCAUAUAAAUGUUCAAGUAAUUUUUUUUUCAAACUCAGCAACUGAUCAGAAGAUGGAAGGAAAUUAACUUAAAAGCAUAAAAAUCAGAAACUAUGCAAAGGGUCAUUCACUCCUAGAGAUUAGAUGAAUCACUGGCGAUCAGCCAUGGACUAUUUCACAGAUUUAAUCACUAAUGACAGCAUUAAUUAUUUCAAAACUUCUAAGAAGACAUAUCCCCAUAGACCUAUAAUGAUGGUAAUCAGCCAUGCUGCCCCUCAUGGCCCUGAGGACUCUGCACCACAAUUCUCUGAGCUCUAUCCAAAUGCUUCCCAGCACAUAACUCCCAGUUAUAACUAUGCACCGAACAUGGAUAAGCAUUGGAUCAUGCAAUAUACAGGACCCAUGCUUCCUAUCCACAUGGAAUUUACAAAUGUCUUGCAACGCAAAAGACUUCAAACUCUGAUGUCAGUAGAUCAUUCCAUGGAAAGGCUAUAUCACAUGCUAGUGGAGACGGGAGAACUGGAGAAUACUUAUAUUAUUUAUACUGCUGACCACGGUUACCAUAUUGGACAGUUUGGACUGGUCAAGGGGAAGUCAAUGCCAUAUGACUUUGAUAUUCGCGUUCCUUUCUUUAUUCGUGGUCCAAGUAUAGAGCCGGGAUCAGUAGUAUCUCAGAUUGUGCUGAAUAUUGACCUUGCACCUACAGUUCUGGAUAUUGCAGGACUCGACACGCCUCCAGAUAUGGAUGGCAAAUCUAUUCUAAAACUCCUGGACCUUGAUAAACCAGGAAACAGGUUUCGAACAAACAAGAAAACCAAAGUUUGGCGUGAUACAUUCCUAGUGGAAAGAGGUAAAUUUCUGCGUAAGAAGGAAGAGCCAAGCAAAAAUGCCCAGCAAUCAAAUCACUUGCCAAAAUAUGAGAGAGUGAAAGAACUGUGUCAGCAAACAAGGUACCAAACCGCUUGUGAGCAGCCUGGCCAGAAGUGGCAGUGCAUCGAAGACCCAUCUGGCAAACUGCGCAUUCACAAAUGUAAAGGUUCUAGUGCCAUUCUUGCUAUCAGAAAGAAAACGCGGAGCAUACAUUCCCGGGGAUACAGCAGCAAAGAAAAUGACUGUGACUGUGGAGAGGCUGAUUUCCGGAGUGGUCGGACGCAAAGAAAAAAUCAAAGAGGCUUUAUGAGAAACCCCAGUGUACAAAAAUACAAACCCCGGUUUGUCCACACUCGUCAGACUCGUUCCCUGUCUGUGGAAUUUGAAGGGGAAAUAUAUGAUAUAAACUUGGAGGAGGAGCAGGAACAGCAGCAGGAGCUACAUAGUCUUCAGCCCAAGAGCAUUGUAAAGCGACAUGGACGUUACAGUGAGGAAGAAGAUGGGGAAGAAGAUGGGGCUGGUGGUGCCGAAGCAAUGCUAGCUGAUGGAACCAAUACAGUGGGCCAGCCAGACUCUGUCCGAGUGACUCAUAAGUGUUUCAUUCUUCCAAAUGACUCUAUUCACUGUGAGAGAGAACUAUAUCAAUCAGCCAGAGCUUGGAAAGAUCACAAAGCCUAUAUUGACAAAGAGAUUGAAGCUCUCCAAGAUAAAAUUAAAAAUUUAAGGGAAGUGAGAGGACAUCUGAAAAGACGAAAACCUGAUGAAUGUGACUGUAGCAAAAAGAGUUAUUAUAAUAAAGAAAAGGGGGUAAAGACUCAAGAAAAGCUUAAGACAAGUCACCUUCAUCCAUUCAAGGAAGCAGCCCAAGAAGUGGAUGGUAAGCUUCAACUCUUCAAAGAGAACCGGAGAAGAAAGAAAGAAAGGAAAGGGAAAAGGCGUCAGAAGAAAGGAGACGAGUGUAGCCUUCCUGGACUUACUUGCUUUACCCAUGAUAACAAUCACUGGCAGACUGCGCCAUUCUGGGACUUGGGUUCGUUUUGUGCUUGUACCAGCUCAAAUAACAACACUUACUGGUGCUUGCGAACAGUAAAUGAAACACACAACUUCCUCUUCUGUGAGUUUGCUACAGGAUUCCUGGAGUAUUUCGAUAUGAACAUCGACCCCUAUCAGUUGUCAAAUACAGUGCACACAGUGGAAAGAGGUAUUUUGAACCAGCUACAUGCUCAACUAAUGGAGCUGCGAAGUUGUCAAGGUUAUAAGCAAUGCAAUCCAAGACCUAAGGGACUUGAAACAGAGGACAGUUAUGGCAUGGAUGGGAAGGCUAAGCUGCCAAAUUUCAUGGAAAAUGUCAACUGGAGAGGACUGGAAGAUUUGUACAGUGUGAAUGAAAGUUUAUAUGAAGCCAGAAAUGACUACCAACUUAGUCCUGAGGACUGGACAAAUUACUUGAAGGAUGUAGAUAGAAUCUUUGCACUGCUGAACAGUUACUCUGAGCAAAAUGGAAGCGCAAAGACUCAGAUUGUUCAUUCCAGUGGGUACUUGGUUGAAUCAUCUGCACCAUUUACCUUGCUGGAAAUGAGCUCUGCUGAAUCAGACGAAGGUUCAAGUUGGUUGACAGCCCAAGAGGCACAGCCUAUAAUGCCAACAGACUUUGGAGGUUUGGCUUUGAGCACAGUUACAUUAAGCAAAGAGAACAAGCUUGAAUUAAGCAAUGAUAUUCCUGCUAAAAGGAGUCCACAUUCACCACACUGGAAUAGUCAUCAAGCCAAACCAUGGCUGGAGACUCAAGAACCAGUUAGUUUUGAAAUAGAUAUCAAUGGGAAUGAUUUGACAGAGCUGGAGUCCAAACAUGGCUUCAUCUUACAGCCUGUUAGCAUUCUUCAGAAAGAUUCUGUUCAAGACAAUGACUCUGUGGAAGAUAUUUUUGAAGAACAGGUCUACCUUCCCAUGAACUCAGCUAGAAAAGUAACCCAUCAAGCUUUAAACACAUUAGUUGCAGAGCAUAAUGCUGAGAGUGUGUCAACAAAAAGGGAACACUUUACAGAAACUUCACAGCAUUUAAGUGCAGAAGGCAGUGCCUUAUCUCCACUUUUCUCAAAUUAGCCAAGCAAACAAGCUGCAUUCAUGAUUCCUUCCUUAAUUAGAUCAGAAACAGAAGUAGCCUUGACAACCGACAUUCCAAGUUUUAUUGUUAUUACAGUUCUUUGGUAAUAUAAUGAACCCUGCCCUGUGUAUUCCACAUACACAUACAUAUGAGCUCUCCUCAUAGAGUAGUGUGAGACUAGAGUUCUCAAUGAUACCAUCUUUCUGAGCAUUAGAAAGUCAUCUUUAAAUAAGGCUUGAGUCAUUUGUUUUUCUCUAUUCCUAUGACUCACCACAAAUGAAUGUUUCUGUUGCCCCCUAAGCUCUCUGAGUAAUGCAUUUUUGAUUAACAACUUUAACCACUAAAAUGUCAUAUUGUCAGAGUAAAUUAUAUUGCACUUUUAUAAUCUCUGUGCCAUACCCUUUAUUUUUAAUCGGGUAUUUUUACAUGUUCAUAGCUUUGCUAAUGGUGUGUAAUUUGCAAAACAAUAAAAUAGGUUGGUAGUGAAAGCAUAUGCAGCAUGGAUUGUGAAAGCCAAUUAUCUGAAUAUUGAGCAUAAAAUCAUGUUUGAUUUUAUACCUUUAUGCUCAAAUUGAUUUGUUUUUUUUCUCAAAAAGGCAGUGCAAGUUAAACGUUUAAUGGUGUCAGAUCAAUUUGAACUUAAUGUUUGACGGUACAGUCUGAAGGCUUUUUGUUUUCUAAUUCUUUUUGCAGGAAAAUUUUGAUUUUCCUCUAACCUUGAUGCAUUUGAAACUAUUUAGAUCAUUUUUAGUCUUCAUAAAUAUGAAGUCCAAUCCACAGGUGUCUGUACAUGCACAAAUAUGCCCACACAAAUAUGUGACAUGCAGUGUCCCAUGCUACUAUACUCACAGAAGUGCAAAGGCAGCGAAUUGUUUUUGGUGUUUCUAUUACAGCAGUGGGAAUGUGCAACUAUGCUGCCUUAUCUCUGGGCAAUUCUAUCAAAUGCUGGAUGGUAGCCAUGUAUCUUAAUAUAAAGGCACAUUGUUAGAAGGGGCUCUCCAAGGUGCAUAUGGAAUGUAUGUGCAGAAAAGCUUCUCCAUUCACUUCAGUACAUCUUUCAACAUUUAAGUGUAUAUUAAAACUUAAACAUAAAUGGGCAUUAGAGUGCUUUGGAUCCAAACAGCUGAGUGAAAAGAUACAACUAUUUUAAAGUUUGCAAAUGUGAGUGCAACUGUUCAUUUUAACACUAUGCCUUCAAAAGUUAAUUGCUAGACUUUGCCAGACACUGAUUUUUUGAAACCUCAACAUUGGAACGAUUACAUACAGCAAAAUGAAUAAUCUUAAAGUGCUAUUUAUUAGUGAUCUGGCUUACAGCAAUGCACAUACCAUGUAUAUAAAUGUAGAUAAGGUUAACAUAUAAUUUGUUUGAACAAUUAAGUUUAAAAAUUAGCCAUUGAGUGUUCCAUGGUCCUGUAAAUCUUUUAAAGACUUUUUCAGGAAAAGCUGGUGAUGGACUAUGUAAACCUGUUGGAAAUAAUUAGGUGUUUAUCAUGUAUGUAUCAUGAGCUGAAAGAACAAACUUAUUUAUGGGCAUGAAUGAAGCUGUUUGUAUAUAAAGUUACAUUAGGCUACAGACCAUGUUCUUGUAAAAUAUACUCUGCAAUACUUUUAUAGAACAAUUCUGGCUUCAGGAAAGUCUAGAAGCAAUAUUUCUUAAAAUAAAAUGUUCUUGUACCUGUUUCUUAGAAAUCUGCCAAA